AUGGUGAGCGAGUGCCAGCAGCUGUCCACCACUGAGCCUGAAAUGCACGGACAAAUCCAGUCUCCCCAAUAUCCGCGACCUUAUCCUCCCCACCUGCAAAAGCAAUGGGACCUCUGGGUUCCCAGGGGUUACCAGAUCCAGCUGUCUUUAACACAUCUGGAUAUUAAAGCUUCUGCAGACUGCAGUCAAGACUCUCUCACAUUUUUCUACGAUGAAAAGGUUGCGGGAAAGUUUUGUCACCAGGAAAACUCUACUGAUCACCAUGGUGGCGAGACGUUCCUUUUUCCAGGCAACAAACUGACUCUUGUAUUCCAAACAAGCGACUCUACACCAGAGCAUCAACAACAUACUGGUUUUUCUGCCACAUAUAAGGCAAUAGCUCUUACUGUUAUUAUUAUACUAACCUUUGGUUCUUGCCCAGCGUCCUGUGGUGGGUGUGUUUUUGACAAGCAUGAAGGACAUCUGACCAGUCCAGGGUAUCCUAAACCCUCACCCCCUUUUCUCUCCUGCAAGUACAUCAUCUCUGUGGAGCCCAGAUACAUCGUGACGCUCAACUUCAGAGACAAUUUUCACAUUGAUAAUAAAGAUAAUCAGCAUGGUUCAAGCUGCCAAGGUCACUUUUUAAAGGUGACCAUUCCAGGCAGAUUAGCUAUGAGAUUUUGUGGAACAAAGAGUCCUGGUCUGAUAGUUACGAACUCCAGUACAGUCAGGCUGGACUACCACACUGAGGAGGAAGGUCUGAGCAACGGCUGGAGCCUGCAAUAUAGCACACAUGAGGUGAAAUGCCCGCACCCAGGGAGUGUGACAAAAGGCAGGAUCACUCCUGAUUUAAAUGAAUACUUUAGUGGAGACUCGAUCCAUGUCACUUGCGACCAAGAAUACAAGUUGAUGAUGGGACAACAAGAGAUUAAGACAUUCUCAGCCAUGUGUCAAAGUGACGGGCAGUGGCAACUCCCUCUCCCAACCUGCAUAGAAGUCUGUGGUCAGCCAACAAAUCACAUCAAUGUGUAUCAGAGGAUCUUUGGAGGCCAAGACGCUCCGGAUAAUACAAUCCCCUGGCAAGUGCUACUGAUUGUAAGUGGAGGAAGGGGAGGAGGCAUGGUGAUUGGAGACCGGUGGAUUAUGACAGCAGCCCAUUCUCUAGUGGAGAGGGGAGUGGCGGUAUCAAAUGAAUCUGUACGGAUUUUCAUGGGACUUAAUGAGAUAAAAGCCCUCAGAAAAUCUCCUCUGUUUGCUGCCUCAAUCCAUGUUCACCCUGAGUACAACAACACCAACAAUGUUGACUACAACAAUGACAUUGCCCUGAUCAAACUGGAAGACACACUCACAUUCAACUCAUCUGUAAUGCCAGUGUGUUUGCCAGAACCAGGAGCCACAUAUGAUACUGGCGUGAUGGGGCUGGUGUCUGGCUUUGGUGUUACAAACGAGUAUAAUCGUCGCAUUCUAACAAAUCAACUGAAGUAUGUUUAUCUCCCAGUGGUGGACCAGCAGACAUGCAGGGAUUCAAUCAGUUUAGUAAGGAGAAGAAGGAACAACAUACCAGACUUAACAGAUAACAUGUUUUGCGCUGGACUCCCUGAAGGUGGGAAGGACUCAUGCCAGGGUGACGCUGGGGGCCCCUUCACUCUGACUAAAGAUGGGCGACAAUGGGCUGCUGGGAUUGUCAGCUGGGGGGUUGAGUGUGGAGGAAAGGGCACAUAUGGAGUCUAUACCAGAGUCGCUAAUUACCUGAACUGGAUCAAGAAGACCAUGCAGGAGAACUAAAGUUACAGUAAUUCAGAACAACAAGGUGUAAAUACACGAUGAGAAAAAAAAUUGCAUAAUAAACUAAAUUUUCUCUGUUGUGGAGUUUGAUUUGAGAAUUUUUAAUCUAUAUAUCAUUAAAAAACUAUAUAAAUUCAGUUAUUGAUUUACUGUCUGUAAGUCAAUGCAUUAUCUUUAAAUCACUGCAACGCCUGUCUUUUACUACGUUUGAAUAAAGAUAGUUAUCAGAUCUG